GUACUCGGUGUUGUAAGGCGUUAUAAGUUAACAUGUACCAUACAGUCUGGUAGAUGUUGCUAAAAUUGCGUCCCUCUGAAUAUAUAUUUCGUUAACCCCUCUAACGUUUGUCCUGUUAGGUAACUUUGGCGCUGGGAGCUUCGAUGAUGCCUGUCUGGACUUUCCUGAUCGUAGCAGCCGUGGUCUUUUUCGUCUACCAAGCUUGCAAUGCGUUGAGCGAAAAGGCGAAACCAUCUCUCAGGAAAGGGGAUGCACUUAGUUGCGACUCGGUCAUACUGGCAAAUAGAUGGCCCCUAGGUAUAGACUUGUUAGUAAGGACGCUGAUUGCGUCCGAUGAACUCUGCGUGAUGGAGUUCUUCCUAGACAAUUUCCGUAAAUUUGGGAAUACCUUCCGACAGAUUAUCGGAUGGAACGAGUCUCUUAUGACCGUUGACUCGGCGGUCAUCGAGGCUAUACUUCUGUCUAAUUCCAAGGAUUGGGGUUUAGGUUUUCGACGCACCAUUUUCUCCCCGCUGCUUGGAGAUGGUAUAUUUAUCCAAGAAGGCGAUGCAUGGAAACGUUCGCGGGAUAUUUUACGCCCACAUUUUUAUCAUCGGAACUAUGAAAGUCUGGAUAUGCUAAGACCGCACAUAGAUAACUUAUUACAAGCAAUUACCAGCACGACAGCAGAUAUCAUCGACCUGGAGCCCCUAUUCUUCCGCCUGGCGCUCGACGUAACUACCGAGUUUCUAUUUGGGGAGUCUGUAAGAAGCCAGUGCUUAGACUCUAACGUGGCAAGUCAGGAAUUUGAAGAGGCGUUUAAUCUAGCUCAGGCCAUCUCGGCUAAGAGACUUCGAUUCCAGAAGCUGCACUGGCUUGUUAGCGGCAAGGAACUUCGAAAGGCAUGUAAUGUCAUCCAUCGAUUCGUAGACUGUGUUAUACACAAGGCUCUCAUAACUGGCGCCGAUAAAGAGCAAUCUGGGAGACCGCCUUUCCUGAGAAAUAUCGCCCAGUAUUACCCUGGGCGAGACACGCUAAGAGGUCAUACUAUCAGUAUUCUCACAGCAGGGAGGGAUACUACAGCUACUUUCCUAUCCUGGACCUUCUUUCAUCUCGUGAGGCAUCCGUCAAUUAUGGCAAAACUCCAAUUAGAGAUUUCUCAAGUGGACGAGACUAUUGCUCCCUUAACACGAGCAGAUCUGCUUCGAUUCACUUACCUUCAAAACAUCAUGAAAGAAGUAUUAAGAUUACACCCUCCGCUACCCCUGAUAUCUCGCACCGCACUUCGGGAUACGGUGCUCCCGGCUGGGGGAGGAUCUGACGGGAAGUCGCCUAUCCUCGUCCCGAAAGGGAUGAGUGUACUAUAUAGCGCCUACUGUAUCCAUAGACGACCCGAUCUCUACGGAAUGGACGCCGAACUGUUCCGCCCUGAAAGAUGGGGCGAGGAACCCCUCCGUUCUCGCGAAACGACACAUCGUGGAUGGACGUUCCUACCUUUCGGCGGUGGCCCACGGACUUGUUUAGGGAUGGACUUUUCCUUAACCGGGGGCGCGUAUGCUAUAGUGCGCAUCCUGCAGCGCUUCUCUUCCAUCAGACUCCCGGCCGGUGAGCGGAUACAAGUGUCGGGCAAGGAAAGACAGAUGGCAACGAUAUCUCUGAAGCCAGCUGACGGAUGUAAGGUGGACCUAGGCAAGGAAUGAUGAUUCCUUUGGGAGACCGUGUUAUAUGUACAUGGAAUUAUUAGUACCAAGAGGUAAAAUUACUACUUAUAAAAUCAUGACGAUCGAGUCUGCCCUCUUAAAACAAUGGUAGGCAUUAAAGAAAGGAUGACGUGACACUGAUACAGAGGAAUCGAGUUAGCACAUCCUAUCUCGACGAUCGAUUACUCUUUUCUAUCGAAUCGCACGUAGAAUUUUAGGUGAAAUGAUGUUGAUUCGUUUAAGUUCAUAAUAAUUGGGUAAAGCCCAGUGUAAUUCUGGUAUAUGUAGGUAGUAAUAAGUAGGUACGUAAUACCACCACGGACGUAUGUAAGAAGUUUUCAGUUUUAAAUACUCGGGGUCGCCGAUAUUCUAUUGUUCGUAUCCUCAGUGGAUCGUUUCCGCUCUACUAAGAAUUAGAAAUUCUCAUGAACGAGAAUAUAAGC